GUCUAUAGUUUCUGAACCACAGACUACAAAUAUAAUAUGAAUGACAAUCUUUCAAAUAAAAUAAUAUAUCAAUCUUGACAAAAAAUCCAAUUUUAGAUCAUAAAAUGGCUUUGUCUGUAAUAACAAGACAAGUUCUCAGAUUCCCAGCUGGAAUUCCACAACACAUUCUAUCGCUAAAUGGAGUAAAUGCCAAGAGAGGAUUAUCAAACACUCUCUUACAUUCAAAUCUACUCCGCCCUAAAUUAAUUUCUCAAGUUGCAACUAAAAGAUUGAUGAGUGGGGAUCAUGCUAAAAAAUGGAAAUUGGAAAAAAUAUUGACAAUUAUAAUGUUCCCAAUUAUACCAGCUACUUUCAAUAAUCCUGGAACAGAAAUUUUAGAUAACUUGUUCGCUAUAUUACUCACAACACAUGCCCAUUUUGGUUUGGAAGCAAUUGCUAAAGAUUAUUUGAGACCAAUUGUUGUUGGCCCUGCACUCUCCAAAAUUGCUGUAGGUGUGGUAUAUGCUUUAACAGCUACUACUUUGGGAGGUUUACUAUAUUUUAAUCACCAUAAUAUUGGAAUUGGUGCCGCUGGAAGGCAAAUAUGGUCUAUUGGAAAAGAAAAAAAAGAAGUAGCCUAACUAUGAACUCAGUAUUUAAUAUUUUGUAAUAUAUAUAGUAAUGAAGUUUGUUGGUAA